AUGGCGCCUCUCCUGCGGUCCGUGGUCGCCGCGGGGCCGACGGAGACGGCAGUGCUGGUGGCCAUUCUGGGAACCCUGUAUAUGCUCUACGUGGCGCUCACCAAGGCCACCAAGCACGACCUGGAUAAGGUGCCAGGGCCCUGGAAGAAGGCCUGGCCCCUGGUGGGGAACGCGCCCUCCCUGCUCAAGCCGGACUUCCACCGCCAGUUCUUGGCCUGGAACGACGAGUUUGGUGGCAUCUGCCGCAUCAAGUUCUUUUGGACCGACGUGCUGCUGGUGACUGACCCGGUGGCCCUGGGCAGCAUCAUGGGCCGCGGGGAGGGCGCCAUUGACAAGGCGUUUGAGACUUACGCCCCCAUCAACAAGAUGACGGACCCACACGGCAACCCCAACCUGCUGACCGCGCCGGCCGACGAGAAGUGGAAGGCCAUCCGCAAGGGUGUGGCCGUGUCGUUCGCGUUCCAGAACAUCAAGAAGAAGUACCCCAUGAUCCUGCAGCGCGUGAACCGCGUCAUCCAGCGCGCCGGCGCGCUGGGCCCCUCCGCCUCCAUCGACGUCGACCAGCUGGCGCUGCGGGUGACGCUGGACGUCAUCGGCCUGGCUGGCUUUGGGCACGACUACCAGAGCGUGGAGAAGGACGUGCCGGAGUACGACCACCUGCUGCGCGUGCUGCCGCGCUGCUUCACGGAGGUCAUGCUGCGCGUGAUCAACCCCCUGCGCCCUAAGUUCCCCCACUGGUUCCAGACGGGCCCCAAGGGCGCCGCGGCGUUCAAGGAGUUCCAGGAUCAGAUGCGGUUCCUGCUCAACAAGAUCCGCCAGGACGGCCGCCCCGCGGAGGACGACAGCGACAUCGGCGCACAGGUGUGGCGCGUGAUGGACGAGCACCCCGACAUCAGCGAGGACCGCAUGCUGUCAGAGAUCGGCAUGCUCUUCGUGGAGGGCUUCGAGACCACCGGCCACACCACCAGCUGGACGCUCUUCAACAUCGCAACCUGCCCGCACGCCCAGGACAAGAUCGAGGCGGAGCUGGACUCCCUGGGCCUGCUGCACAAGGAGGGGGCCGCCCCCAGGGAGCUGGACCUGGAUGACCUCAAGAGGAUGCCCUACCUGGCCGCCUGCGCCAAGGAGGGCAUGAGGAUGUUCCCCGUGGUGUCCAUCAUGGGCAGGAUGGCCACCAAGGUGACCAAGGUCGGCCCCUACACCGUGCCCUCUGGCACGGUCGUGGGUACCCCGCUGUUUGCCAUCCAGAACACGGUCCACAACUGGGACGAGCCCCACACCUACCGCCCAGAGCGGUGGGUGGACGUGCCCAUUGAGACCUGGGUCUACAACAGCAAGGAGGGCGAGAGUGGCGGCAAGCGCGGCAUCACGUUCAUGCCGUUCUCAGAGGGGCCCCGCAACUGCGUCGGCCAGUCGCUGGCGAAGAUGGAGGUGAUGACGCUGCUGGCCAAGCUGCUGGCGUCGUUCCGCAUCGAGCUGGCGCCGGAGAUGGGCGGGCGCGAGGGCAUCCGCAAGCGGGAGAGCACGGCGAUGACGCUGCAGACCACCGGCACAAAGGGCAUCCGGUGCUACCUGCACCCGCGCAGCGAGCUCGUCGGGAAGCUGUGA